UAUUAUGGGAUGGAUGUUGCUGAGUGUUGUGCUGAGUGUGUGAGUGUGUAUGUGAGAGUGUGUGUUUGGAGGUGGGGGGGGUGAGUGCUCAGGAUUAUUAUGGGAUGUCUACCCCCUGAUCUCUUUGUGUAUGAGGAUGUUAGCUUGUGGUCACUGACGACGCUGGAGGAAGGGAACCGGGGGCAGAGUGGACGACGGCUGGACACCUUUUAUAGCUGGGUUAUAUUACCUGUUUGUUAUUUUCGAAAGUUUACUAGAUAACUGACCAGCGCGUCUGUCAACUAACUACAUUCUCACCUCAAACAGAAGCGGGUGCGUGUGUGUGUGACAGUGUGUGACAGUGUGUGUGUUCUCUGGACCUCCGACUGACCUGUGAAUGUGUUUGUGAAGCGCGAUGUCUGGGAGUGAGGAGGAGGACAGCAGGGGGGGUUUGGGACGACAAACUGCGGGACUCGAUGAAGCAGCAGAGGAGCCCAUGCCAGAGGUGGAAACCACAAAGUCCAAGAAGAAGAAGAAACCUAAGAAGAGUAGAGAGAGCAGGAGCAGCAAACGACAGAAAGCACUUGUAGAGGAAGUGCCUGUGAGCUCCCCUGAAGCGCUAGAGGCUCUGCGGCUGGUGGAGGAAGAGGAGGAGGAAGAGGAAGGACGAGCUGUGCGCUCUGAGAGUGAGGGCAGUGACUAUGCCCCCAGCAAGAAGAAGAAGAAGAGGGCAGGCACAUCCAAGGAGCGCAAAAAAGGAGGAGCGGGUGGAGAAAAGACUGGAGGCGGAUCAUCUGGAGGGAAAAACAAACGGAAGGAUCCAGAACCAGCAGAAGACGAUGAGGAUGACGAUGAUGAUCUUGGGCAGGAGCCCAAGUCUUCCUCUCAGCUCCUUGCAGAUUGGGGCAUGAAGGACAUUGACUACACUUUCACACAGGAAGACUACAGCUCCCUCACCAACUACAAAGCAUUUAGCCAGAUGGUCAGGCCUCUGAUUGCUGGUAAAAAUCCCAAAAUUGCUGUGUCUAAGAUGAUGAUGGUUCUGGGGGCCAAGUGGCGUGAGUUCAGCACCAACAACCCUUUGCGUGGCUCAGCGAGUGCCAGCGCCGCCCUGGUGGCAGCUAACGCUGCAGUGGCUGUGGAUAGCAUGGUAAAAGCUGCUGGGGCAGAACCGGCAGGACCUGGAACAGCAGCCGCUGCAACGGCCCCAGCUGCUGCUGUGCCAGCCAACCCAGCGACCACCCCAGUCACUGCGCCGGCAACUGCAGCCACCACCCAGACUCCACAACAGCCCCCUGCUGUACCUCCACUGCGCAAAGCCAAGACCAAAGAGGGCAAGGGUCCAAACGCUCGCAGGAAGACCAAGCCCAAGGUCCAGGACAAGAAGUCUAAAGCCAAGAAAGUUGCACCACUCAAAAUUAAACUGGGAAGUUUUAAGAGGAAGAGAUCGUCUAGUGGCGAGGAUGAUGAUGGUGACAGCGAUUUUGACAGUUUUUCAGUGAGUGAUGGAUCUGUUCGCAGUAGCAGAUCAAAGAACAAGAAGUCCAAGAGCUCCAAGAAGAAGAAAAAGGUGACUGAGGAUGGUGAUGGCUAUGAGACAGAUCAUCAGGACUACUGUGAGGUGUGUCAGCAGGGUGGGGAGAUUAUCCUUUGUGAUACAUGUCCCAGAGCCUAUCACAUGGUCUGCCUGGACCCAGACAUGGAGAAAGCCCCUGAGGGGACCUGGAGCUGCCCACACUGCGAGAAGGAAGGCAUUCAGUGGGAGGCGCGCGAGGAGAGCUCAGAGGGAGAAGAGGAGAAUGAUGACGCAAGAAGGGAUGAUGAAGGGAUGGAGGAGGAGGAUGACCACCACAUGGAGUUCUGUCGUGUGUGUAAGGAUGGUGGAGAGCUGCUGUGCUGUGACACCUGCCCCUCCUCCUACCACCUGCACUGCCUUAAUCCACCCCUGCCUGACAUUCCCAACGGCGAGUGGAUCUGCCCUCGCUGCCGGUCUCUUCCUCUGAAGGGUAAAGUCCAGAAGGUUCUCACCUGGCGCUGGGGAGAGGCUCCACCCCCAAUGCCAGUACCACGCCCCCCUGAUCUCCCAGCAGAUGCACCAGAUCCUCCUCCGAUGAUUGGCCGGAAAGAGAGGGAAUUCUUUGUCAAGUGGUGCAACAUGUCCUACUGGCACUGCUCCUGGGUACAGGAACUGCAGCUGGAGCUGAAUUGUCAGGUGAUGUUCCGCAACUUUCAGCGUAAGACUGAUAUGGAGGAGCCGCCCAUUCUGGAUUUUGGUGCUGAGGGUGACGAGGACAAAAGCAUCAAGAGGAAGAGCAAAGAUCCUUUCUAUGCUCGCAUGGAUGAUGAAUUUGGUCGCUAUGGUGUGAAGUUGGAGUGGCUCCUCAUACAUCGCAUCCUCAACCAUAGUGUUGAUAAGAAGAAUAACGUUCAUUACCUCAUUAAAUGGAGAGAUCUGCCCUAUGACCAGUCCUGUUGGGAAAGUGAAGAUAUGGAAAUCCCUGAUUAUGAAACCUACAAACAGCAGUACUGGAACCACAGAGAGUUGAUGAUUGGAGAUGAGGGCAGACCAGGAAAGAAGCUAAAGAAAGUGAAAGUGCGAAAGAUAGAGAAGCCUCCUACUAACCCUGUGGUGGAUCCCACUAUAAAGUUUGACAGGCAGCCCGACUAUCUGGACUCGACAGGUGGCACUCUGCACCCAUACCAGCUGGAGGGCCUGAACUGGCUGCGCUUCUCCUGGGCACAGGGCACUGACACCAUCUUGGCUGAUGAAAUGGGUCUCGGCAAGACCGUACAGACCGCUGUCUUUCUCUAUUCUCUCUACAAAGAGGGUCAUUCCAAGGGACCAUUUCUGGUCAGUGCUCCGCUGUCCACCAUCAUUAACUGGGAGAGAGAGUUUGAGAUGUGGGCCCCCGACAUGUAUGUGGUCACCUACGUAGGCGACAAGGACAGCAGAGCCGUCAUCCGAGAGAACGAGUUCACGUUCGAGGGCAAUGCCAUCCGCGGCGGCAAGAAAGCCUCCAAAAUGAAGAAAGAGGCAGCUGUAAAGUUUCAUGUAUUGCUGACGUCGUAUGAGCUGAUCACUAUCGACCAGGCUAUCCUGGGCUCCAUAGAUUGGGCCUGCCUUGUAGUGGACGAGGCUCACAGACUCAAAAACAACCAGUCAAAGUUUUUCAGAGUGUUGAAUAAUUACCCUCUGCAGCACAAGCUGCUGCUGACUGGUACUCCUCUUCAGAACAACCUUGAGGAGCUCUUUCACCUGCUUAACUUUCUCACCCCAGAGAGAUUCAAUAAUUUGGAAGGUUUCCUGGAGGAGUUUGCUGACAUUGCUAAAGAGGACCAGAUCAAGAAGCUGCAUGACAUGCUGGGACCGCACAUGCUCAGAAGGCUGAAAGCAGACGUGUUUAAACACAUGCCCUCCAAAACAGAACUCAUCGUCCGAGUGGAGCUCAGCCCCAUGCAGAAGAAGUACUAUAAAUAUAUCCUGACGCGAAACUUUGAGGCUCUAAACACGCGUGGUGGUGGAAAUCAGGUGUCUUUGCUGAAUGUGGUGAUGGACCUGAAGAAGUGCUGCAACCACCCCUACCUCUUCCCCACCGCUGCCACCGAAGCUCCUAAAAUGCCCAAUGGUAUGUACGAAGGUGGUGCGCUCACAAAGUCCUCUGGGAAACUGAUGCUGCUGUGUAAGAUGCUGAGAAAGCUGAAGGAGGGUGGACACAGAGUACUUAUUUUCUCACAGAUGACAAAGAUGCUGGACCUGCUGGAAGACUUUCUAGAGAAUGAGGGUUACAAGUAUGAGAGGAUUGAUGGUGGGGUGACCGGCGUUAUGAGACAAGAAGCCAUUGACAGGUUUAACGCUCCUGGAGCCCCUCAGUUUGUCUUCCUCCUCUCCACCAGAGCUGGAGGUUUGGGCAUCAAUCUAGCAACAGCAGACACUGUCAUUAUCUAUGACUCAGACUGGAACCCACACAAUGACAUCCAGGCAUUCAGCAGGGCCCAUCGUAUCGGUCAGAACCGGAAGGUGAUGAUCUACCGUUUUGUCACUAAAGCAUCAGUGGAGGAGAGAAUCACUCAGGUGGCAAAGAAGAAGAUGAUGCUGACCCACCUGGUAGUGCGUCCAGGUCUGGGCUCUAAGGCUGGAUCCAUGUCCAAACAGGAGCUGGAUGACAUCCUGAAGUUUGGUACUGAAGAACUGUUUAAGGAUGAGAUCAGUGAGGGAAAGGAAAAAGGAGGUGAGAAUAAGGAGGAGGACAGCAGUGUGAUUCACUAUGAUGACCAGGCAAUAUCCAGACUACUGGACCGGAACCAGGAUGCCACAGAGGACACUGAGCUUCAGAGCAUGAAUGAGUAUCUCAGCUCCUUUAAAGUGGCCCAGUAUGUUGUGAAAGACGAGGAUGAGGAGGAGGAGGAUGUGGAUAGGGAAAUCAUAAAGCAGGAGGAAAGUGUAGAUCCUGAUUACUGGGAGAAACUGUUGCGUCAUCAUUAUGAGCAGCAGCAGGAGGAUUUAGCGCGUCACUUGGGCAAAGGCAAACGCCCACGCAAACCAGUCAACUACAACGACUGUUCGCAGGAGGAACGAGGUAGUAGACGGGAUUGGCAGGAUGACCAGUCUGAUAACCAGUCAGAUUACUCUGUUGCCUCAGAGGAAGGAGAUGAGGACUUUGAUGAACGCUCAGAAGCUAAUAAUCGCAGGCCGAGCCGGAAGGGCUUGAGGAAUGAUAAAGAUAAGCCCCUGCCUCCUCUACUGGCCAGAGUGGGAGGCAACAUUGAGGUAUUGGGUUUCAAUGCUCGUCAGAGGAAGGCCUUCCUGAAUGCAGUGAUGCGUUAUGGGAUGCCUCCUCAGGAUGCCUUCACCACACAGUGGCUGGUCAGAGACCUGAGAGGCAAAUCUGAGAAAGAGUUUAAAGCUUAUGUUUCUCUGUUCAUGCGUCACUUGUGUGAGCCUGGAGCUGAUGGUGCGGAGACCUUUGCAGAUGGAGUUCCUCGUGAGGGGUUGUCUAGGCAACAUGUCCUCACACGCAUUGGUGUGAUGUCACUUAUUCGAAAGAAGGUGCAGGAGUUUGAGCAUGUGAAUGGCCAGUGGUCGAUGCCAUGGAUGAAAGAACUGGAGGAGAGCAAGAGAGCUGCAGCUGCUGCUGCCGGAGAAGACCCCAAAACGCCUUCUAGUGGAACGCCUGCAGACACACAGCCCAACACGCCUGCACCAGUACUACAUCAGCCUGGGGCAGUGACAGCCUGCACCAGCCAUCUAUACACUCAGAGCCCUAGCACAUCUUCACCAGUUAACAGAGCAACAACGGUACCAGAUGAUCUUUCCAAAGGAGAAGAGUCAGAGAAGGAAAUGGAGGACAGGAUGGAGGGAGAUGGUGAGAAGGAGAAGAAAAGCUCCACCACACAAGAUGAUGAGAUCAUUGAAAUUCCUGAUGAUGGUGAGAAUUCCCCCACUCCAGAGCAGAAGGCAACAAGAAAGGAGAUCGAAGGAGAUGUUAGUGCAUCUUUAUUAGAGAAGGAUGAAGGGAGCUGGGAUUCAGGAGGAAAAGGGGAGAAAGAAAAGGAGGGGGAGAAAGAGGAAAAAACUUCAAACUCUCCAAAAGAAAAUGCCUCUUCUGAGGCCAAAGACGAACGUUCCGAGGACCUUUCCAAACCCAGAGAGGAGCCCAAAGAGGAGAAGACUGAGCAGCAGAAAACAGGCAGUAGUCCAGCUACAGACGAGAAGAAAGAGCUGAAGGAGGGUAAGGAUGAUGUGAAAGCAGAGGAGUCCACCAAGCUGCAGAACGGUGAAGAUGGAGGAGCAGACAAUGAGGAGAAGAAGAAAGCAGUCAAGCAAAGGUUCAUGUUUAACAUCGCUGAUGGAGGCUUCACUGAACUACACUCCCUCUGGCAGAACGAGGAGAGAGCCGCCACAGUCACCAAGAAGACCUAUGAGAUCUGGCACCGUCGCCAUGACUACUGGCUUCUGGCUGGCAUCAUACAACAUGGCUAUGCUCGGUGGCAGGAUGUUCAGAAUGACCCGCGCUAUGCCAUCCUCAACCAGCCCUUCAAAGGAGAGAUGAGCCGUGGAAACUUCCUUGAGAUCAAAAACAAGUUUCUCGCUCGCAGGUUUAAGCUGUUGGAGCAGGCGCUGGUGAUAGAAGAGCAGCUGCGUAGAGCGGCAUAUCUUAACAUGACGGAAGACCCAUCCCACCCUUCUAUGGCCCUCAACACUCGCUUCAGUGAGGUGGAGUGUCUGGCUGAGUCCCACCAGCACCUCAGCAAGGAGUCCAUGUCUGGAAAUAAACCUGCUAACGCUGUACUGCACAAAGUUCUUAAGCAACUGGAGGAGCUGCUCAGUGACAUGAAGGCUGACGUCACCCGCCUCCCAGCCACCAUCGCCCGGAUACCACCGGUCGCUGUGCGCCUGCAGAUGUCAGAGCGGAGCAUCCUUAGCCGUCUGGCCAGCCGUGGGCCAGAGGUUACACAGACGCAGGCACCCCGCUGAGCCCCAGAUGACCUUUUGACCCUUACAUCCCUUAGGCUCUGCCCUGAUCCGGAAUAGCUUCACCCAGUCGUUCCCUCUUGUGCUGGAUCAGGUUACCCAGAGUACUGUACAGAGAGUCCUCCCUGCUGUUAGAAUGAAAAGAGAGAAAGAAUUUUCCACUGUAACAUAACUGUGUCCCUCCAUAACACUUCUCCUUACAAGCUCCCCAACCUGAAUAGCACUAAAACAGCUCAGAGUGACCUUCCUCUCACUACCCUCCCAAGCAUCUCUGCGGCCAGUGAUCAGACUUAGAGCUUUGCGAGGAUUCCUUGUCUCACAUUGUGUCGUUAUCAUAAUAACCUCAGGCAACUCUGACUUCUCAUUCCUGUCUUUACACUAAUACAACUGACCUGUAAAAUACAGUGCGUAUUGGCAUCUUGAGGCCUGUGCAUUGAGAUUUUCAGGUCACAUAGCUUGUGGGAUUGUUUGCUGAAAAAAAAUGCCACUCAAAUGUAUACAGAAGUUCCACAAAAAUAAAAUAUAUCACAUCGCCACUGUUCUGUCUUGAUGUAAGAUAUUUUAUUAAUGUGAAAUGUAUGUACACAUUUGAAUCAAAUAACUACAUAGUUUUUUUCAGUGCAUUAGAAUACACUCAAACACCCUCACACUAUAACGGUUUAUAUGAGCUCAGACAUCUCUAAACAGAGAUUUCCUUAGCAAACCAUGUUUAAAAAAAACUCUUUCCUGUUCGCAAUCCUCCGUCCAACCCACCUCACAUCAUUCCUGAGUGGUCCCCAGAUGGUGUCACAGACUGUCAACAUCAUAAGCCACAGUCCCUUCUCCAGCCCACAAUCAGAAAACACAACUGGGAUGAUGACAGGAUGACGUUUAAAACAAGGCUGAUUUUCCACAUUCAAAACGUUUGAUUAGCUCACUUUGUAAGUAUUGUUGUUGCCCUGGUAUUGUUUAUACAUAUAUUCUUUCUGGAUUUUGACCUACAUACAAUUAAAAUAAUUAACAAAAAGGUU